GCGGUCAGCGGCGGCGGGGUGAGCGGCAAGCUGCGGGGAUACGCGGGGGGCGGCAAGAGCCCGCCCCGUGGGGCCAGCCCCACAAGCCCCCGCGGCGUUGCCCUGCGUUUCCACCGGCUCCACUCUCCGCCGCAUUCCCCUAGGGUGCCAGUCAGCAGGCGGUUGGGGCGGGCCCGCUGCGGGGCUGGGGCGGGUGCUUUCUCGUUUAACACGAACCAGACAGGCAGUUAGGUUUGAACAAAUGAGGAUCCGGAGGUCCAGAGAGUAUAGGUGCAGAGAGUAAAGUGACAGGUCUAAGUAGUGAAGUAGCCGGGGCUGGAACCCUCGUCCCAGGCAGUGGGGCACAGGCUGUCUUCAUCGCGGAGAUGGCAGUCGGGGAGCGUCGCUCCAGAAAGGGCCAGGGAGUGCGGGAGCGUCCGUGUGCGAAAGAGAACGCCCCAGUGGGAUGCUUUGGCUGUGUCUCUUCCUUUAGGGGGAGUUGGUGGGUGGUGGAGUCGUAAGUCGCGUGCAGUUGUUAGUGCAGGGUAAGGAUGGGCUCCUCCAGAAAGGGUAGCGCCGAAUAGGAUUUCGUUUGGAGGCAGGACUGGUGCCUCAAGGUCUCUUUAAAAGGAAGAUAAGCGAGCGGCCUGAAACUACCGGGUACUCCCUCUGGGCCCAUGGGCUUCAUGGUGGCCGACCUUUGGGCAACCUCCCGACUUCUAGUAAAUUACCCAGAGCCCUAUCGUUCUCAGAUAUUGGAUUAUCUCUUUAAGCCGAAUUUUGGUGCCUCUUUGCAUAUUUUAAAAGUGGAAAUAGGUGGUGAUGGGCAGACAACAGACGGCACUGAGCCCUCCCACAUGCACUAUGCACUAGAUGAGAAUUAUUUCCGAGGAUAUGAGUGGUGGUUGAUGAAAGAAGCUAAGAAGAGGAAUCCCAAUAUUACACUCAUUGGGUUGCCAUGGUCAUUCCCUGGAUGGCUGGGAAAAGGUUUCGACUGGCCUUAUGUCAAUCUUCAGCUGACUGCCUAUUAUGUCGUGACCUGGAUUGUGGGCGCCAAGCGUUACCAUGAUUUGGACAUUGAUUAUAUUGGAAUUUGGAAUGAGAGGUCAUAUAAUGCCAAUUAUAUUAAGAUAUUAAGAAAAAUGCUGAAUUAUCAAGGUCUCCAGCGAGUGAAAAUCAUAGCAAGUGAUAAUCUCUGGGAGUCCAUCUCUGCAUCCAUGCUCCUUGAUGCCGAACUGUUCAAGGUGGUUGAUGUUAUAGGGGCUCAUUAUCCUGGAACCCAUUCAGCAAAAGAUGCAAAGUUGACUGGGAAGAAGCUUUGGUCUUCUGAAGACUUUAGCACUUUAAAUAGUGACAUGGGUGCAGGCUGCUGGGGUCGCAUUUUAAAUCAGAAUUAUAUCAAUGGCUAUAUGACUUCCACAAUCGCAUGGAAUUUAGUGGCUAGUUACUAUGAACAGUUGCCUUAUGGGAGAUGCGGGUUGAUGACGGCCCAGGAGCCAUGGAGUGGGCACUACGUGGUAGAAUCUCCUGUCUGGGUAUCAGCUCAUACCACUCAGUUUACUCAACCUGGCUGGUAUUAUCUGAAGACAGUUGGCCAUUUAGAGAAAGGAGGAAGCUACGUAGCUCUGACUGAUGGCUUAGGGAACCUCACCAUCAUCAUUGAAACCAUGAGUCAUAAACAUUCUAAGUGCAUACGGCCAUUUCUUCCUUAUUUCAAUGUGUCACAACAAUUUGCCACCUUUGUUCUUAAGGGAUCUUUUAGUGAAAUACCAGAGCUACAGGUAUGGUAUACCAAACUUGGAAAAACAUCCGAAAGAUUUCUUUUUAAGCAGCUGGAUUCUCUAUGGCUCCUUGACAGCGAUGGCAGUUUCACACUGAGCCUGCAUGAAGAUGAGCUGUUCACACUCACCACUCUCACCACUGGUCGCAAAGGCAGCUACCCGCUUCCUCCAAAAUCCCAGCCCUUCCCAAGUACCUAUAAGGAUGAUUUCAAUGUUGAUUACCCAUUUUUUAGUGAAGCUCCAAACUUUGCUGAUCAAACUGGUGUAUUUGAAUAUUUUACAAAUAUUGAAGACCCUGGCGAGCAUCACUUCACGCUACGCCAAGUUCUCAACCAGAGACCCAUUACGUGGGCUGCCGAUGCAUCCAACACAAUCAGUAUUAUAGGAGACUACAACUGGACCAAUCUGACUAUAAAGUGUGAUGUUUACAUAGAGACCCCUGACACAGGAGGUGUGUUCAUUGCAGGAAGAGUAAAUAAAGGUGGUAUUUUGAUUAGAAGUGCCAGAGGAAUUUUCUUCUGGAUUUUUGCAAAUGGAUCUUACAGGGUUACAGGUGAUUUAGCUGGAUGGAUUAUAUAUGCUUUAGGACGUGUUGAAGUUACAGCAAAAAAAUGGUAUACACUCACGUUGACUAUUAAGGGUCAUUUCGCCUCUGGCAUGCUGAAUGACAAGUCUCUGUGGACAGACAUCCCUGUGAAUUUUCCAAAGAAUGGCUGGGCUGCAAUUGGAACUCACUCCUUUGAAUUUGCACAGUUUGACAACUUUCUUGUGGAAGCCACACGCUAAUACUUAACAGGGCAUCAUAGAAUACUCUGGAUUUUCUUCCCUUCUUUUUGGUUUUGGUUCAGAGCCAGUUCUUGUUUCAUUGGAACAGUAUAUGAGGCUUUUGGGCUAAAAAUAAUGAAGAGUAAAAGGGGAGAGAAAUUUAUUUUUAAUUUACCCUGUGGAAGAUUUUAUUAGAAUUAAUUCCAAGGGGAAAACUGGUGAAUCUUUAACAUUACCUGGUGUGUUCCCUAACAUUCAAACUGUGCAUUGGCCAUACCCUUAGGAGUGGUUUGAGUAGUACAGACCUCGAAGCCUUGCUGCUAACACUGAGGUAGCUCUCUUCAUCUUAUUUGCAAGCGGUCCUGUAGAUGGCAGUAACUUGAUCAUCACUGAGAUGUAUUUAUGCAUGCUGACCGUGUGUCCAAGUGAGCCAAUGUCUUCAUCACAAGAUGAUGCUGCCAUAAUAGAAAGCUGUAGAACACUAGAAGUAGCUUUUUGAAAACCACUUCAACCUGUUAUGCUUUAUGCUCUAAAAAGUAUUUUUUUAUUUUCCUUUUUAAGAUGAUACUUUUGAAAUGCAGGAUAUGAUGAGUGGGAUGAUUUUAAAAAUGCCUCUUUAAUAAACUACCUCUAACACUAUUUCUGCAGUAAUAGAUAUUAGCAGAUUAAUUGGGUUAUUUGCAUUAUUUAAUUUUUUUGAUUCCAAGUUUUGGUCUUGUAACCACUAUAACUCUCUGUGAACGUUUUUCCAGGUGGCUGGAAGAAGGAAGAAAACCUGAUAUAGCCAAUGCUGUUGUAGUCGUUUCCUCAGCCUCUUCUCACUGUGCUGUGGUCUGUCCUCACAUGUGCACUGGUAACAGACUCACACAGCUGAUGAAUGCUUUUCUCUCCUUAUGUGUGGAAGGAGGGGAGCACUUAGACAUUUGCUAACUCCCAGAAUUGGAUCAUCUCCUAAGAUGUACUUACUUUUUAAAGUCCAAAUAUGUUUAUAUUUAAAUAUACAUGAGCAUGUUCAUCAUGUUGUAUGAUUUAUACUAAGCAUUAAUGUGGCUCUAAGUAGCAAAUCAGUUAUUCAUGUAGGUAAAGUAAAUCUAGAAUUAUUUAUAAGAAUUACUCAUUGAACUAAUUCUACUAUUUAGGAAUUUGUAAGAGUCUAACAUAGGCUUAGCUACAGUGAAGUUUUGCAUUGCUUUUGAAGACAAGAAGAUAAGUGCUAGAAUAAAUAAGAUUACAGAGAAAAUUUUUUGUUAAAACCAAGUGAUUUCCAGCUGAUGUAUCUAAUAUUUUUUAAAACUAACAUUAUAGAGGUGUAAUUUAUUUACAAUAAAAUGUUCCUACUUUAAAUAUACAAUUCAGUGAGUUUUGAUAAAUGGAUAUACCCAUGUAACCAACACUCCAGUCAAGCUUCAGAAUAUUUCCAUCACCCCAGAAGGUUCUCUUGUAUACCUGCUCAGUCAGUUCCUUUCACUCCCAAUUGUUGGCAGCCAUUGAUAGGAAUUCUAUCACUAUAGGUUAGUUUUCUUUGUUCCAGAACAUCAUGAAAGUGGUGUCAUGUACUAUGUAUUCUUAUGAAUGGUUUCUUUCCGUCAGCAUAAUGAUUUGAGAUUUGUCCAUGUUGUGUGAUUCAGUGGUUUGUUCCUUCUUAUUUCUGAAGAAUUUUCCAUUGUAUGAAUAUACCACAAUUUGUUUCCUCCCCACCAGUUUCUGAUACUACAAUUAAAACUGUCUACAUUUACAA